AUGACGUCCACUAUGUAUGACUCGGAUGAUGUCUUUAAUCGGUCGCCUCCAAUGGAGGCGAUGAAACCCAACUAUGGAGAGAAGGAGCCAUCACCACCACCGUUUGUUACGACCGAAAAAGAUGCCGACGCAACUGGUUCCCGUAAGCCUAACCAGCCGGAACCUCAGAGCUCAACCCGUGAGGGCGACCGAGUGCUGAUGGGGUUUCUAGCUCCGAACCACCCCGAGAUUGCUAUGGCGGCAAGGAAUUCUCCAUUGGAACCAUUACCUGGAAAUCUCAAAAAUUAUAAACAACCACCUGACUUCGAUCCUAGAGAUCCAAGGAAGUCAAAUCCAUUCUCAAGGGAUGAGCCUCCACUAAAAGAAUCCCUGGGGUUCCCAGACUUUGCCCCAGAUAAGGAGACCGCAGAAGGGACCCCCCCAGAGGAAACAGAUCCCAUGCGACUUGGAUCGAUCAGUGGCUCGACCCAGCGAUCUCUACCAGAGUUGCCUUGUAUCAAGACCUCUCCGGGAAAAGAGCCCCCGAUUCCUCUCCCAUCACUAAAGUUCUCCAACUCGUCUUCUGGAUCGGGCCUAGCAAAAUCCCCAGACAACAGCAAUAAACAAACGCUGCCGUCUAUCCACAAAGCUAUCAGCGAACUGUCAGAUUUCGACCCACCAACAGUCAAUACAAUGCCAUCACCCUUUGCCUUCUCCUCGUGUCCCACUUCAACUACAUCAGGGAACGAUUCUCCAUUCGACCGCGCUUUUCCGGGAAAGUUUUCCAUCCCUGCAAGUCCUUUUUCUCACUUUUCGCCGGUGAGCAUAAAAGACUCAUCUACCAACCCUUCUCCGGCCUCGCACUCGUCCUUCUGGCGCGGGCCACCCCAUUCUGAGAUGUUAUCCGCCCAGACUCCGUAUGAGGCUUCACCUUUGACUGCUAAAAGCCCAGCGACCAAUUAUCCUACGCCCACGGAACAGGUCGGCACUGGUAUGGGUGAUCGACAUUCGCUCGCUGUGUCCACCCCCCAGGCCAAUGGGGGCCCCGUGGGUAGUUUCAAGUGCACACAUUCUGGAUGCACAGCUGCGCCUUUCCAAACUCAGUAUCUCCUCAACUCUCACGCAAACGUGCACUCACAAGACCGCCCACAUUUUUGCCCAGUGGAAGGCUGUCCACGCGCCCUGGGUGGGAAAGGUUUUAAGCGCAAGAAUGAAAUGAUGCGCCAUGGCCUAGUGCAUAACUCCCCAGGCUACGUCUGUCCAUUCUGUCCGGACCAGCAACACAAAUAUCCUCGACCCGACAAUCUUCAACGACAUGUCCGUGUACACCACGUCGACAAAAACAAAGACGAUCCAAUUCUCCGACAAGUUCUCGCGCAAAGGCCGCUUGGUAGUGCCCGCGGGAGAAAACGAAGGAUAAACAAUACAUGA